AUGCCGUCGGGUCGCGGCAAACCGAACAGAGUGAACCUGUCCCUGUCGAAUUGGGCCAUGGGUGGCUCACUGCUUUCCAUCAGCAGCUCUCCUGCAUUUGCAAAUAGGAUCGCGUCUCGGAAGAACAGGCAUUCGUCUGAUUCUGGAUUCGAGGAUAAUCUGAGCGACGAUGGACCACCUGCCAAACAACCCCCUCCUACGAUCUCAUCCAAGAAGUCCUCCGGCUCCAAGAAACCCGCCCCCGCCCCCGCUCCUGAGGUCAGCGCCCCCUCAGCUACGCCCGCCUGCGUAGAUUGCAAUGUCAAAAAGUCCGCUACCGAGAAAUGCGUUCCGGCUUGUCCAGUCUGCAACCAGGAGUGCGUGUGGGAGAAGCACAUGCAUGAGAAAUAUGGUCAGAUGACAUGCCCUGACUGUCGUCGCGGACAGGAGUGGUUAAUGGAUGAGUUUCACAAGGGAAGAGGCGAGUAUGGAUGUGAGAAGUGCACGCCUGAUUGCAAGACUUGUGGACGAGGUCCAGUUUGGCUGAAUAAGAAGUGGAAAAAGACGUUGAGGAGAAAAGUCAAGGUCAUCCAGGGGGAUGAUGGGAAGAAGAAAGAGAAAAGUAAAGACAAUGGGGAGAACGAAAAAAACCAGGCCAAAGAUGAAGAGGAGAAAAACAAAGCAGCUAAAAAGGCAAAAGAAGAGGGAGAGGCAAAAGCAAAAGCAAAGGCCGAAAAAGAGGCCAAAGAGGCCGAGAAAGUUAAGGAGGCUGAAAAGGCAAAGGAAGCUGCAAAGGCAAAGGAGGCCGAGAAGGCAAAGAAAGCCGAGAAAGAAAAAGAGGCUCAAAAGGCAAAGGAGGCGGCCGCGGCCAAUGGCUGGACCACCGAGAAGGAUGCUAAGCUCACUGGUAUGAAAGCUGUGAACAAAACCUGGAAGGCCAUUUCUCUGGAGGUCGACAUGAGCAAGGAUGACUGUAUCGAACGCUUCAGGGAUCUGAAGAAGAAAGCCGAAUCUGAAGGCGAGAAGAAGGAUGAAGCUACUCCGGCGGGUACACAGGACAACAGUGGUGGUGGCCGGGAAGCAGGAUUCGACAUAUUCGGUGAUGGUUGGGGGAGCACAGAUCCGAUUGUCAUUGAAGAUACUUCCGGCAAAGAGUCUGGUAGACAGGAGAAGCAAAAUAAGAGCCUGAAGAAAGAGGGUGGAAAGAAGAAAAAUAAGGGCAAUAAACAGGGCAAGGAUGCUGGAAAUGCUGGAGGAGGUGCUAAUCAGACAUCGGGUGGCGAUGGCUGGGGCAAUACAGAAGACAACACUCAACCAGCCGAGCAGACUAACACUGGCUGGGGUGGUGAUGGCUGGGGUGAUGAUGGCUGGGGCAAUACGGGAGACGAUACUCAACCAGCCAAACAGACUAACACUGGCUGGGGUGAUGAUGGCUGGGGCAACACAGGAGACAACACUCAAUCAGCCGAGCAGACUAACACUGGCUGGGGAGCGUCGGGAAAUUCAGGAGACAAUACCCAGGCAGUAGAGCAGAACAACUCGGGCUGGGGCAAAUCUGGCAUUUGGGGAGACAACAACCAAUCGACAGGAAACGAAGGCUGGGGAGCAGUCAACGAUACAACAGGCGCAGACGGUGGUAAUAAAGGCGGCACAGGCAACUCUUGGAGUAAGCUCAAGCCCACACCUCCCCCAGGAGGCUAUUUCAUGGACUCAAACCCCACUGGAAAGUCUGUCAAGCCUGGAAACGCAGUGCCUUUAGACGAUUGGGGUGCUUUCAACAGCUCAUGGGUUGAACUUGAUCCGUCAACCCUCGACGAUCCCCCAAACACCAAUUCUGGCUGGGGAGGGGGUGCAUGGGCCAGUAAAUCUAAGGAUACUUCUGGCAACGCAUCCAAUAAUGGUAACCGAAACAGUAAUCUGGGCGCGGGUAACAACCAUAAUCCAAGUGUUUACAACUCGUGGAACCAAGCUGGCGGCUCGUGGAACCGAAACUCGGGAAAUGGAGCAGGAAAUUCGCCAGCAAACAGCCAGGCCAACACACCCGACACUCCCAAAAGCCACAAGAACUCGAGAAAUGAAUUCAGUCACCACCCGGGCCCCUCCAGCUCCCAUUGGAACAGCACCGACGGCGGCAGAGGCGGACUCCAGCCAUCUAAUCUUGCUUGGACGGCCGAUGACUGUACGAUGCUGGGACUGUUGGAGCAGAGACAUCGCGAGGAGAAGUGGGCACGUAUAAAAGCCGAUUUCUACAACUGCACGGGUCGAAUGAUUCCUGCUGAGUUGAUCGAGAACGAAUUCCGGGCGACUGGCGCCUCAUAA